AUGCCUGUCGAAAGUUGGACCCUUCGCAAGUACCCCCCAGACAAGCCCUCGAUCAUCCUGAAUGGGACAGAUACUCAAUGGCCCUACGACGGCUCUUUGGAACUGAACCACGACGUUGAUAUCUAUACUGAGGCAAUAACCCUUCCCACCCAUAUCAACGCCAAAGGGCACCAUGUCGGCAUUUUUGCCAGUUCUAUUAAUACUUUGGGUGCCGUUGACCUCGUUGUUUCGGGGACAGAUGGUAACUCGGAGCUUAAGAGUUUGUCAUCUGGGGAAGAUAAGGGGUCAGAUGAUAAGUCUGCAAAUAAGGCUGCAGAACCUUCAGGUGCCGUGGCGGGAGUACGUGGUGGCAACGCGGGAGAUGUUCAGAUAUAUGUAGAGGAUGCAAACCUCGACACUUUCAGGAAUCUUCGCGUCCGUGCUUCUGGAGGGAGAGGAGGAAAUGGUCAAGACACAGACAAGUUUGACACCGGUGGUCUCGGAGGAGAUGGCGGAAACGCUGACCAGGUCACUGUCGCCGUUCGGACCUGGGGUUUCACAUCAACCCUGAACGAGAGAGCGACAGCCAUCUUAUUCUCUACGGAUAAAGAUACAGAAGCUCAGAAACGCAAGCUACUUAAAGACUUCAUGACCUCUUGUAUCCGCUUGGAGCACCCCCAGGGAGACAAACCUAACCACUCCAAAGAGAUUGCCAUUUUAAAGGCAUCUAUUGUGAGUGACAAAGGGAUUGCAACCAUUAUGAAUGAGUUUCGGGCAAUGAUCGGGCAUAUGUUCAGGCAAGAAGCCAGUGCCUUCGAAGCAGUUAUCGGGUCGAGAAUUGAAUACUCGGGAGGCACGUAUGGUCUCGGUGGUCGAGGCACAAAACAUACAAAUUCCAACGGAAAGACUGGAAAGGAAACUAUUCCAGAGAUUGGGUACUGCUUCCUCCAGCCAGACCUGUUGCGACAACUUUCUCUGCCGAUUGCCCAUCCCGAUCAGUGUUCUAUGAUUCUUCAACUAGCCAAGAUCGACUACUACAUCGGUAGCAACGAUUCGCUAAAGAGUGCCAUUGACCGUCUUACUCGCCUGCGAGAUCGCCUUCUGUUCCUUGAUGGCUUGACGCCCGAAGACCCAAUCUACAAAGCGUACAAAGACGCCGAAGUCCGUAUGCAUCUCCUACCAAGGGCGCAAAGUAUCAGCACUUUUGAUGAGCCAACCGCCUUUGCUGGGCUUCGGGAGAUUUCUGAUGAAGUUGAUGCUCUUCUGCGUCAGAUUGCGGGCGGAUUUGACUUUUAUGGUCACAAGACAGACUGGGUUCCGCGAGGAUCACAUGCCUUCUACGACAAGACGACCAAGGAAAUGCUGAAUCACGCAAUCAUUGCUGAAAAGGCAUGGACCGGCUAUCGAAAAGCCGACAAGGAAAAUUCAGUCAAGAUGGCUGCCGUUCGCGAGAUGCGGAAUCAGGCACGAGCUCGCGCUGAUGCUGCGAGUGAUUUCAUCACCUACAUGAAACCCAUCAUCGAAGCCUCUGCCAACAGUAUCGGCUCCAUGGACUUUGACAUGAAGCAGCGAAAGGCAGAGCUACUGCGAAAGAUCAAAGACCAAAAUAUUGCCAUAGGGCGUCUGGAGCCUAGCCUGGGCAUAAACUUUGCUGAUAUGGUUGAGGCUGCGACCAUGGUAGCUUUCUGUCCUAACCUGCCCAUGGUGCUUAUCCAAGGUGCUGGUCUUGUAUACAAAUCGCAAGAUAACGCCAAGAUUAAAGAUGAUGAUGACGACGAGUCGGGUAUCAAACAGGAACUUCUGGUGAAGAAGAUGACAACGAUCGAGAAGGGAGUUGAAUCUCUCGUCUCGGCUUACCGCGCCAAUGCUGCCGACGAUCGAUUGGUAGAAGCAGAUGAUCCUGGCGCAGACAAGCUGAUUGCAAAGAAGGAAGAAUAUAUGGAACUUGUAGGGAACUACAAAAAGGCUCUCGGAGAGCAGAGCAUCACUGACGUUGAAAAAGCAUUCGAAUCGUAUAUUGAGGCUGCAUUGCAGAGAAAUAACCACAUUCUCAUGUACAAUUCGACCGUUAACCUUAUUCUCAAGAAGAAGCAAGAGGCCAAAGCGUCAGAAGCCCAAGCAGCCCAGUUUUCUGACGAAGCACUUGCAACUAUCGACCCAGAUCUUCCGGCCAUCAGCAUUUUCAUGGAGCGGAUCUACUCGGAGUCUCUGUGGCUGCUUCUUGAAUCCCUAUCAAUGACCCAGCGAGCGCUACGGUUCUGGUCGCUGACUCAAAUUGACGAAAUUAAGGAAGCCCUGAAAAACAAGCCACCAGCCCUGCUGGACUCAACGACGUUAUCUCACGUUCGUACUCGCCUUCUCAAAUCCUACGAGAAGGCAGUGGAACGCGCAGGUAAAGAGCCACAGCCGUUUUCCGGGAUCAAAUACCCCCUCUCUGCGACCGAGAUCCGGCGCUGGAUCAAUCAUCCCCAGAUGAAGACGAUUGUCAAGAUCCCGCCUGUGUUUCGCGAGACAUCAUCAGAGAAACAUCCUUUCUAUGGGAAAGCAAACGUGCGCCUCCACACGGUUCGGUUCUUUGCAAAGAAAGCUUAUGGCGACGGCGAGACACCUCUGGUCAAUGGUGAAACACUUUUGGUGAAACUAACACACCUUGGGGAGGAGACGAUCGUGAACCCCAGCAACAAGGCCUUCACAUGUGUGCACGAGCAGAUAAAAUUGCAGUUCCAAUAUAGAGUCAAAGAUAUGGCGUUCAAUGUUCCGGGGACGGUUGAUGGGAAUAUUGGCGAAAAGACGCAGGGGAAGUAUGCUAUGGUUGGGCCUUUUGCGUCAUGGUUGGUUGAUGUUGAUCCUCUUUAUAAUACUGGUGUAGAUCUGUCAGGUGUCACGGAAGCAUGGUUCGAGUUCAGUGGGGAAUUCGAUUCAUUCUAA